GCGGCCGGUCGGAGCGCUGAGGCCGGCGUCCAGGAGAGGAGGUCCACGCCGGGGCUCCGAAGGCCUUCGCAAGGCGGCGGGAUCUCCUAGCGGGUCCCUGUUCGAGGAGCGCUCGUCUGUGGGAGCCAGCCUCGCGGAGGCCGGCGGGGGCCAGAGGACCAGGGAGUGUCCCUCGUGGACGCCCGGGGGUGCCCCGCCGGCGGAGGCCCGUGCGGAGCAGAGCGGCGGCCUUGGGAAGCUCUGUCAGGAGCCACAGAAUGGGGGAGCUAGAAGGAACAUACAGAGUUCUGCAGACUGCUGGAACACGCUUGGGCGCCCAGACCCUCGUGGGAGUUAGCACCCUUGAGCCUGGGCAGAGGCUCUCACCCAGAAUGCUGGAGAAGUGCCUGCACAUCAGAGUGGAGCUGCUGGACAACACCGUGGAAGUAUUCGACAUUGAGCCUAAAAGUGAUGCCCAGGUGUUAUUGACACAAGUGUGGAAGCGUUUGAAUCUGAUAGAAUGUGACUACUUUGGCCUGGAAUUUCAAAGCAUCCACUCCUACUGGGUUUGGCUUGAGCCUAUGAAGCCCAUCAUUAGGCAAGUACGAAGGCCAAAGAAUGCAAUGCUUCGCCUAGCUGUAAAAUUUUUCCCACCUGAUCCUGGUCAGUUGCAAGAAGAAUAUACAAGAUAUUUGUUUGCCUUGCAACUUAAGAGAGACCUGCUGGAAGAGCGUUUGACCUGCGCCGACACCACAGCAGCCCUCCUCAUGUCCCAUCUUCUGCAGUCGGAAAUAGGAGAUUAUGAUGAAACCCUGGAUCGAGAGCACCUCAAAGCCAACGAGUACUUGCCCAGCCAGGCGCGCUCUGUUGAGAAAGUACUAGAAUUCCAUCGGAAGCACACAGGCCAGACGCCCGCUGAGUCUGAUUUCCAGGUGCUUGAAAUUGCUCGCAAGUUGGAAAUGUACGGCAUCAGAUUUCACACAGCUUCUGACAGGGAGGGAACCAAGAUUAACCUGUCAGUUUCCCACAUGGGUGUCCUUGUGUUCCAGGGCACCACCAAAAUCAACACUUUCAAUUGGUCCAAGGUCCGUAAACUGAGCUUCAAGAGGAAAAGGUUUCUUAUCAAACUCCACCCAGAGGUCCAUGGACCUUACCAGGACACCUUGGAAUUUUUGUUGGGUAGUAGAGAUGAAUGUAAGAACUUCUGGAAGAUUUGUGUGGAGUAUCACACCUUUUUUAGACUUUUUGAUCAACCUAAGCCAAAAGCAAAAGCCAUCUUCUUCAGUCGGGGGUCCUCCUUCAGAUACAGUGGAAGAACUCAGAAACAACUAGUAGAUUGUGUCAAGGAGGGUGGGAUGAAGAGAGCUCCAUACGAAAGAAAGCACAGCAAGACUCGGAUAUCUAUCCAUGCUCUGACUGCGGACCAGCCAAAACAGACCAUCUCAUUCACUGAGGGAUGGAGGACUUCUGCCUCCCCGUCUUCAGCAAAUGCCUCCUCUUAUCUGCUCCCUACCUCCGCUUUGACCACCCCUGGCCUGCUCGACUUCAAGGACAGCAGCGGCUCCCUUGUGGAUUCCCAGGUUUCCUAUGUCAAGAGUCCAGCUGCAGAGAGGAGCAGCAGAGCAGCGGCUGAAGGCCCUGACACGCAAUCGGCCCAGACCUCUGGGCCCCCCACGCUCCAGCCUGUUCCAGGCCUUUCCGGGAAUAGUCCUCAGCCUUCUCCCUCCAGCCGGAAGAGCCCCCUGAGCCCUGCAUUUCAGGUGACUCUGGGCCCAGCUGAGCAGGGCUCAUCCCCUCUCCUGAGCCCUGUCCUUAGUGAUGCUGGUGGAGCCAGGAUGGACGACGAGCCGCUGAAACACAAGAGAUUGGUGAGGACCAGCAAUAUUCGAAAGCGCAUGCCGGCAGACGAGGCCUAUUUCAUAGCAAAGGAGAUUCUCGCUACAGAACGAACAUACCUGAAGGAUUUAGAAGUUAUUACCGUGUGGUUCCGCAGUGCGGUGGUCAAGGAGGAUGCCAUGCCUGCAGCCCUGAUGAACCUGCUCUUCUCCAGCAUCGAUCCUGUCUACGAGUUCCACAGAGGUUUCCUGCGUGAGGUGGAACAGAGGCUGGCACGCUGGGAAGAGCCCUCCAAUGCUCUUACAAAAGGGAAUCAUCAACGAAUUGGGGACAUCCUGCUCAGAAACAUGUGUCAGUUAAAGGAGUUUACCAUUUACUUCCAAAGACAUGAUGAGGUCCUGACAGAACUGGAAAAAGCCACCAAACGCUUUAAGAAGCUAGAGGCAGUGUACAAAGAGUUUGAGCUCCAGAAAGUCUGCUACUUGCCUCUCAACACGUUCCUGCUGAAGCCCAUCCAGCGGCUGGUACACUAUCGCCUGCUGCUGAGCCGGCUGUGUGGGCACUACUCACCGGGGCACCGUGACUAUGCUGACUGCCACGGUGCCCUGAGGGCCAUCACAGAGGUGACCUCCACACUCCAGCACAGCCUUGUCCGGCUGGAGAACCUCCAGAAGCUGACGGAGCUGCAGCGGGACCUGGUCGGCAUAGAGAACCUCAUCACUCCUGGCAGGGAAUUUAUCCGUGAGGGCUGCCUUCACAAGCUCACCAAGAAGGGCCUGCAGCAGAGGAUGUUCUUUCUGUUCUCAGAUAUGUUGCUGUAUACAAGCAAAGGUGUCACAGGAACCAGCCACUUCCGGAUCCGGGGCCUCCUUCCGCUCCGGGGCAUGCUGCUGAUAGUGCUGGACCCACCGGUAGAAGAAAGCGAGAAUGAGUGGUCCGUUCCGCACUGUUUCACCAUUUAUGCCGCUCAGAAAACAAUCGUGGUGGCAGCCAGCACGCGGCUGGAAAAGGACAAGUGGAUGCUCGACCUGAACUCCGCGAUCCGAGCAGCCGAGCGCAGCGGGGAAACGUCCCUGGAGCUGCCAGGCAGCACAGUGUGCACUCGUCCCCCCAGAUCCUCCGACGAGAUCUCUCUGGAACAGGAGUCGGAAGAAGAUGCUCGGGGCGCCCGUGGUACCUUGGAGGGGCAGGGCCAGCACCGGGCCAACACCACGAUGCAUGUGUGCUGGUACCGGAACACCAGUGUGUCCAGGGCUGACCACAGUGCAGCUGUCGAGAACCAGCUUUCAGGAUACCUGCUGAGAAAGUUCAAAAACAGCAACGGCUGGCAAAAGCUCUGGGUGGUCUUUACCAACUUCUGCUUGUUCUUCUACAAAACUCAUCAGGAUGACUACCCCCUGGCCAGCCUCCCACUGCUGGGCUACAGUGUGAGUGUUCCCAAGCAGGCCGAUGGCAUCCACAAAGACUAUGUUUUCAAGCUCCAGUUCAAAUCCCACGUCUACUUCUUCCGAGCCGAGAGCAAGUACACAUUUGAAAGGUGGAUGGAGGUGAUCGAGAGGGCCAGCAGCUCGCCCGGGAGGCCCCCGAGCCUGGUACAGGACUGUCCACGUCCGUCUGCAGGGCUGGAGGGGACGGCCAGGGGGAAGGAGGAGUGAAGCUCACCCUGCACAGAGAACACAUCACAGAGAACUGUGGAUGUGAUGGCAGCUGUCGUCCUCAGGCUGAGCUGAGGAACCAGCACCGUCACUUAUCCUGAGUCCUCCCGACGGACUGGAGGCAGCUGUGGCCUCGCCGGGUUCCCAUCGGUACUGACAGUGUGGGUGGGCCUCACAGUGACAUCUGUGGAGGGCUUUGUCCCCGUCAAGGCCCAGCACAGGCCUGUGGCCAUUUGGUGCACCAGGAAGGACACACCGGCCCCUGGCUCAAAGGCUGUGGGCAGGGCCUGGGUGCCCUGCUGAGGACUGGCCUAGAAGAAGUGGGGCAGGCAGCCCCUGCCCACAGGUCCCCUCAGACCACAGCUGCCCUCAGGCCCAGGGCAGGCACUCCUGCUGCCUGGGAGGGGCUGAGGAUCCCAAGUUGCCAAGCAGUCCUGCCCUUCAGUCUGGGUGAACCAAGUGGCAGCCUGGGGUUGGGGCACAAGGACAGUGGGACUUCUGAUGGGACCACGGUCAAGGCCUGGCCUGCAUGUCACAGCUAAAUGAGUCCAGCAGCAGGUGCUCUGGUUCCACCCCCCAUACCUCUGAUAAAGCAGAAACCAAAGUCCCCCUGCGGCCCUGGGAUGGUGAGGGCCUCUAAUUUAUGAGCACCCCAGCGUUCCUUACCAAUUGGGAGCAGACACGUGACUCCUCUUUGUUCACAUGUGUGAUUGAUUAAACAUAACGUU